UUGCGUGAAAUACCAAGAGAAGCGCAUUUAUUCCGCCUGCAGAUAACGGCAUAAAUCUAGCUGUAGUUAGCGGUGCGCGAUUCGAAUGCUCGCUCGUGCGCGCGCGCUCGCUCGCUCUGUCUCUCUCCUUCUCUGCUCCUGACGUCAGCGAGAUUGUCUGAGAGCGUCGAGCCCAGCGCGUUCUCUCUCCACACUGACCCUCCAUUGUGAGCACGCUAACGAUGCCAGCGCUCGCAGCAGUCGCCGCCGCCGCCCAGUAGAGACCUCCCAGCCCGAGGACCGAGCACCACGACCCCGUUGCACAGACCGAGAGCGCGCGCCAGAGACUUAUGUUCCAGCCCAACGUUGUCUUUUGCGGGAUUUAAUGCUCUAGCUAGUCGCCGACAGGGAGAGAGCGAGAGAGAGAGAGAGAGAGAGUGUGUGUGUGUGAGAGAGAGGGAUAGGGACAGCCAUAGAGAGGAAUAAGGAAGAAACACCGAGGAUAUUUCUCACCCGGACCAUUUUGGAGAUAAAAAGAGCCGAGGUUCAUCUAGCCAUGGGAUGUACACUGAGCGCAGAGGAAAGAGCGGCUCUGGACAGGAGCAAAGCCAUCGAGAAAAACCUUAAAGAAGACGGAAUCACUGCUGCUAAAGAUGUGAAAUUGCUCCUGCUAGGGGCCGGGGAAUCUGGGAAAAGUACCAUCGUGAAACAGAUGAAGAUUAUCCAUGAGGACGGUUUCUCUGGUGAUGAUGUGAAGCAGUACAAGCCAGUGGUCUUCAGCAACACCAUCCAAUCUCUGGCCGCUAUCGUGCGUGCCAUGGACACACUGGGGCUGGAGUACGGAGACAAGGAGCGUAAAGCUGAUGCUAAGAUGGUCUGUGAUGUUGUGAGCCGUAUGGAGGAUACCGAGCCCUACUCUCCAGAGCUGCUGUCCGCCAUGAUCCGCCUGUGGUCUGACUCAGGCAUCCAGGAGUGCUUCAGCCGUGCCCGCGAGUACCAGCUCAAUGACUCCGCCCAAUAUUACUUAGACAGUUUAGAUCGGAUCGGUGCUCCAGACUACCAGCCCACAGAGCAGGACAUUCUGCGAACUCGAGUGAAGACCACCGGGAUUGUAGAAACCCACUUCACCUUCAAGAAUCUGCACUUCAGGCUGUUUGAUGUGGGAGGUCAGAGGUCGGAGAGGAAGAAAUGGAUCCACUGUUUUGAGGAUGUGACUGCCAUUAUCUUCUGUGUGGCUCUGAGUGGAUACGACCAGGUGCUCCAUGAAGACGAGACCACGAACCGCAUGCACGAGUCAAUGAAGCUGUUUGACAGCAUCUGCAACAACAAAUGGUUCACAAACACCUCCAUCAUUCUCUUUCUCAACAAGAAGGACAUAUUUGAGGAGAAAAUUAAGAAAUCUCCCUUAAGUAUCUGCUUCCCAGAGUACACAGGUCCAAACACUUACGACGAUGCAGCUGCUUACAUUCAAGCACAAUUUGAAAGCAAGAACCGCUCGCCUAAUAAGGAGAUCUACUGUCAUUUGACCUGUGCCACGGAUACAGGAAACAUCCAGGUGGUGUUCGAUGCCGUGACCGACAUCAUCAUCGCCAACAACCUGCGAGGCUGCGGCUUGUACUGAGGCCCGCCCCCUCCCUCUCGAGCCACUUCUUUGGAAAUGAUUACUAUUGAAAAUGCAAGUUGGUAAAUAAUGAUAAUGAUAAUUUUAAAAUAGGCAUAUACAAAUAUAUAAAUAUAUUAUAUAUAUAUGAAAUGUUUUUAGUUUGUCUUUCAAAGAGCUGCCAACAGAACUGAUUUCUUAUAGAAACCCAGCCUUUAUGGUUUUAGAACAAAGUUGGGACCUUUUUUGUGUUUUCGUUUCCCUUUGCUGUCGUACGUUUCGUUCUCCCCCCCCGUUUUCCAUUGUGUCUUUAUCGUUUGAACUAAACAACCCUCAUUUUUCUUUUUUGAGAAAUCUCUUUCUUUUACUAUUUUUUUAUGUUUUAUGUCAUUGUAUGUAUAUUUAUUACAUGAAUAUCAGUCAGGGGGGGAUGUACAUGUUUGCCUGGCUAUAUGAAUUUACUUUGACGAUAAUGUGACAUUAGCUAAAUCCACAGUUAUGCUAGUCUCAAGCACUAUGGUUCAAGUCAGUUGUAGCGUGUUCCCGCUCCCGAUUUGUAAUCACUGUAGUACCGUUCGAUAUCGUAGAGAAUGGAAACACCCAGGAUCGCACCCACCAGGCUUUUCUCGCGUUUCGUCUACCCGUCCCCGUCACUUCCGUAGGUCAGCUUUCUGGGGAAGGUCCCGGCGCGGCUUGGCGCCUGUCGAACCAGUCCGAUGAUUGCAAGUAUCAUAUCAGUGCCAACCUUCUGAGAAUGACGUGUCUGGGAAUAGUACUAGAAACACUAGGUCACUGUUAUGAGAACUUAUUAACAUUUGUCUUGUAAGGAACUUUUACUUUUGUAUUGUUGUUGAUUAAUUUAUUAAUUUAUUUAUUGAUCAUCUGUCCCACACACCUCCUUUGUACUUAUUACACCUUGUCCAUUCUUCUACCUCUCGUCCAUUGUCACCCUUCCCUCUUCAUUCCUUCUCUUUCUUAGGUUUCUUCCUGUUUUAGUUGGCUGGGUAAUGGAGUCCCCGUCACUGAUAGCAUGACCCCUCAGCCUUUGUAUAAAGAAACAGCUAACUGCUUCACAUAGCUAAUGGUGCGAAAAUAAAGAAGAAAA